GCCGCCGCCACACACAAAAACACAAACACACACGCACGCACCGACGGCCGCCAUCGCGAAACCGUCCCCGCACUGCCACCUGUCACCUGUCAAUCGCCGCCUCACCUGGGGCACACAGUGAUGCCCCACCCCCGCUCAGGCGGCAGGCGGUGGUAACAGUCAAACAGUCGAGCAUCGACCGUUCACCGGGAUACGUACGACGCGCCGUGACAGAGCUCGCUUGAUUCUUCUUCUGUCAGGAUCAGCUGUGCGGGUUUGAAUUUUUCGCGCGCGAUCCGGUGCUGAGGAUUGUUUUUUUUUGGGAGGGUGGUGUGUUUUCGGGAAGAGGCUGGAUGUUUUUUUUUUGGCCGGUUUGAGUACUUGGACAGUAUAAGCCUGUAGCCGAACUGCCCCUCUCGACCCCACUCGCCCCCAAGCCCCCCCACCAACACGCAUAGUCCCCCCCCCUCUCCCCCUGUCCCCAGGAGCGCGAACCGUGGAUCCCGUGUUCGGCGCCUCGAAGAGAGGUAGGCACCCUCCUGCCCCCCAGGCGAACGACCACCUCCACCCCCACCCCCUCCUCCCGGCCGCCCCCCCUUCCCCCCCGCCCCCCUCGGCGCUCAAGAGGGCGCGCCACCACGACGCCCGCCGGCCACCAGCGUCGGCAGCCGCCUGCCAGGCCGGACUUGAGCCCGAUCGACGGCGAGGUGAAGAGGAGAGUGUCAUGAUGGAGGCGCCGCUUGGGGUGACGUUGAGCCAGAGCAUGGACUCGGUCAGCACCAAUAACGGAGAGGAAGAGGUGCGGACGUUAUUCGUGAGUGGCCUACCAAUGGAUGCCAAGCCUCGGGAAUUGUAUUUAUUAUUUAGAGCAUAUGAGGGGUACGAAGGAUCGCUUCUCAAGGUCACGAGUAAAAACGGGAAAACUGCAUCGCCCGUGGGAUUCGUGACGUUCAACACGAGAGCUGGAGCGGAAGCGGCCAAACAGGACUUGCAGCAGGGCGUACGGUUUGAUCCCGACAUGCCUCAGACCAUCAGACUGGAGUUCGCUAAAAGUAACACGAAGGUUAGCAAGCCCAAACAGCAAGCCGCUAAUGCCGCCAACACACACCCAACUUUGAUGCACCCCCUCACAGGACUGUACCUUUCAGACCUCGGUACGCCGUUCUUCCCCGGCGGGCCGGAGCUGUGGCACCACCCGCUGGCCUACAGCGCCGCCGCCGCCGCCGCUGCUGCCGCCGCCGCCGAGAUGCCGGGGGCGGGGAUGCACCAACACGCCACCCUGGUGCACCCGGCGCUGCAUCCGGCGCAGGUGCCGGUGCGUUCCUACCUCUGACUAUCCACCGAUCACCCUAAGGCUCUGGAUGCUCAGAUGCACCACCACCACCAGCAGCAGCAGCAACAUCAUCACCCCCAAAUGACGAUGCAGCAUCCGACCGCGCUGACCUCGGUGCACGCCUCGUUGCCGCACUUCCUGCCUAGUCCGGCUCUGGCGUCGCCAGUCGGCUCCUCUUCUUCUUCUCAGCCGGGCAUCGGAGUGAGCAAUGCGCCCUGCUCGACGCUGUUCGUCGCCAAUUUGGGCCAGUUCGUUUCUGAGCACGAGCUGAAGGAGAUCUUUGCCAGGGAACAAAAGGAGAAGAAACUGGACAAUCUUAACUCGUACAUGCCUCUGAGCACUUGACAGAGGAGCCUGGUGAUGACUGGAUACUGCUGCUGAAACGUCCAGAGUACAGGGGACGUCCUCUAUCGGACACUUUCUGCAGAAAACUUUAUCUUUCUCUGUUAUCUGUUGUAAUUUGUACUGGUUAGAAAAGGAGAAGAGGACAGUCGAUAUGCGUGAUGAGUAUACGAGAUCAUUGCACAAGACUUCAUUCAGUUGUUUUCAAAGUUAGAAUUUUGAAAUUCGGAUUGAUGACACAGUUCCUUGAAAAAAAAUCGAUGUAUCUUCUGGUUUCACCGGAAAUUGACUCAGGUCAAUAAUUUUGAAUGGAAUCCUGUAUAUAUUUUCACUUUAUUCAAUAGACGAUAGAAAACCCUUUUCAAUGAUAUAUCACAAGUGCCCAUUUGUUUUCAAAAUGGCGGCGCAGGAGAGAUUUUGUCUAAAAUCAAUAUGGCGAUCAAUACAUUUUUUCUAAGCAACCUGAUAAAAUAGCAAAAAGACGAAGGACUUUGAUUAGUUUUUGAUUCAACAUAGCAACAAUUUUAUUCAUCGUCAUUCAGGAUUCCUUUUUUGUAAUUCUUUCAUUGAAUUUCGUCGAAUUUUAAAUAGGAAAUCGAAAUUAUUUAUUCAGAUUGGGUUAAUAAAAAAGACUUGAUUGAAAAUUAAAACAACACACGUAAUGUGUCAAAAAUUUAUUUGUACAUAAUGACCUAUACCUAGAUGUUAAUUUGAUAAAAGUAUCUAAUAUUUCCUAUUGAAAAUUUUCGAGAAAAUUCAAGAGAAACAAUGUAAUUUGAAAGUAUUACUGAAAGGAAUCUUGAUUGACGAUGAAUCAACAUUUUCCAUGUGCUAUCAAAAACUAAUUAAUGUGUUCCGUCUUUUUGUUAUUUUGUCGGGUUGCUUGAAAAAAAUUCGAUCGAUAUAACGUCACAGUGUCGCCAUAUUGAUUUUUUGAUACACAAUGUCUCCGCCGCCAUUUUGGACACAAAUGUCCACUUGUGACAUGUCAUUGAAAGGGUUUUUUUUGGCUCUAUCGAAUGCCUCAAAAAUAUAUACAGGGUACCAUUUAAAAAUCUUUACCCAAGUCAAUUUCCGGUGAUAGUCAAUUGGUUUUUCAUGAAAAAUAUGGAUUUUAAGGGAUCGGAAUUCAAAAUUCCUAGCUUGAAAAACAACUGAAUGACGCCCUGUCUGUCUAAUGAUCUAUCGUAGUCACCCGUAGGCGAGAAGUAUCAGAAAAGGAUCGCUUGGAUACUUAAUUUCUCUCUCUCUCUCUCUUAUAUAAAUGAGGAUAAGCUAAACCAAAGGUGCCCUAAAAGUUAAGUUUUAGAUUUUAUUCUAUUUCUGCCGAUUUCGGGAACAUUCUUCGAGACUGCUUUUUCGCGGAAUUUUCACGAAACGGUGACUUUGUCGAGCUUUUUUUUACAAGUAUCGUCGAUGUAUGGAAAAAUGAUCGACUUAUUUCGGUUUGGAAAAAACAUAAUAGCAAUAAACCAAUGAAUCACACACUUUACUUGUGUGUUGUAUAUGUAACGCUGAACUAAAAAAACAAUUAAUAAACAUAUCAUUAAAUAUAACAUUGCGACACCAGUCAUGAAAGUGGCGUAAAAUUCAACGUUUAGGCUAUGAAAAAAAAGCUGAAACUCUCUGCCCAAUAUUGAAAAAAUAUAUAAAUAGAAACAAUGACCCUUUAUUUUCAAAUAUUGAUUUUUGAUAACUCGAAAUUAAUGAAUAGACGAGCUUUUGCUUACUUAUAGAUACCAUUGAUAGUACUAUGAGCAUUUGUUAUCUUGCAAAUUUGAAAACUCAAAGUUAAUAAUUAAUUAGACAAAUUUAUAGUUUGUAGCGUAUAGAAAUAUAAUAUAUAAUAUGUCUUUUAGAUUCUGCAAGUUGAUGUUUUCAUUGUACCUUCUCAAGGACUUAUGUACCUAUAUUACUAAUAAUGAAAAUAUAUUUUUUUCUGACCGAUAUGUUCUGUUACAAGUUUUAAUGACGUCAUAUUAUCUACGUUUUUAUAAAUUUCAUUAAUUUUCAUGGUGAUUACCUAGCACAAUCAUAGUUAUUAUGACCGUCAAUUGAGUACCAAGAUUCUAAAUUAAGUAGAAAAAAUAUUAAGACGAAAAACCAAAUCAAUUGAUUCGAUGUAUGGGUACAUAAAAGUUGAUUACUUAACCAAAGUUUUAGUUUAAGGUGAAUCUUAAUAUAUGAACAUAUUUAUUUAAUUGUAAGACAAGUUGUAUUUUUCAUUAAGUAUAACUUAUAGUGUUAAUGUAUUAUUUUUUUAUAUAAUUUUAUAAUUUUUUACAUCCAUACUAACUGCUGAUCAUCAGUCGAAAAAAAAAAUAAGAAGAAAUGUAUAAUGUUGAACAUUAUUGGUAAUUCUCUAAGUAGUUUAUAUUCAAAUAGUGACGUAGUGCUUUUCGUGUGAAGUUUAUGUGAUAUAUCUAUUACUAUCAUUAUUGUAGUUGUAUUUCGUAGGUUGGGAUAGUUUUUCCCAGAAUAGGUAAUGACCAGGGUGUGCAAUCGACAAAAUAUCCCUUCAGGUCAAACAUCGAAAUUGACAAAAUAUUUCCGGUUGAAUCCCAACUUACCCCCACCAGAAUCGUACUGAAUAGCCCUAAACACUUUAUCGAGAGACACAUUUUCACCAUCCUGAAAAAUGUUAUGAAUUUGAAGAAGAACACCCUUUAUCUUCACUAUUGGAAAUACCUUUCGAAUAUAUUUCCGAAAAUACUCUCUGUUAGUUUUGAAUGCUAAUAAAGUGAUCGGAAAUCUUUAAGGAUAUUUUUGAAAGCAAACGGGUAACGACAUCGAUAUCAAUAACUACUAUAUUUACCACAUUUUUUUCUAGAAAAAUGUCUUCACAUCAAAAAUACAAUAUCCUUGACUUACAUUUUCUCUAAAAAAAUAUCUUUAUAACAAUAAGGCCCUUAACUUUUUUCGAUCAGUUUAUUUUGGGAAAUUAGUAGCAUAUAAAUUGAUCAAGGUAUAUCUAGAGAGUUUUUCAAAAGGUGAUUUUUGCUUUAUUUUCUCAUGUAAAUGUGUCGGCAUUAUAUGGGAAAAACUUGUAUAAAUAAUUUAUUUCGAAAUUUGACUUGUGCGUUAAGUUUCGCUUUCAAAAAUAAUAAAAUCGAAAUCUCGUGACUUUCGCUAUAUAUUGUUCGCUGAAAAUUGACUUAUUUCAUUGAAUUUCAAAAAAGUUUAUAGAGAAAAGUUGUUUCCAUUCCAAUUUUACUUAAAUUUUUCCCGGAUAAUUGAACGUUUCAGUGAUUUUUUUUAUUUCUACGAAAUAUCUGUAAUGUUAGAAAAAAGUGAAACCUUCAAAAAUAUUUCAUUCCAGUAGCUUUUCAUCAUGCUACCAAAUUUCUUCAGAAAAUGAUAAUCCGCGCUUCAAAUUUCUCUUGUUUGAUGCAAAGUUGAUGUAUCGUCUCGUAAUUUAUUUCAUCGAACUACUUCACGUAUCUAACGAAAGUUUUUUCGAAGUUAAAAUUGAAAUAUAUUAUUAUUAAAAGAGUUUUCCAUAUGAUGGCAACUUUAUAAACGACACUGUAUUCGAAUCGAGUCCUUAAACUUUAUAGAAAACAUUGAACAACAAUCAGUUUUAUCAUGAUAUAUUUAAUUCUGAAAAACAAUCAUCAGUCAACAUUAACCAGAUUUGAAUGAAGUCACUAGUUUCUGUGAUUUAUUCAAUCUGAGUUUAUUUCAGUGGCUAACGAACUUUGAGAAUGUGUGUGUGGAGGACAAAGCAUACCAAGCCCUUGAUGACACCAAUCAUUUAUACUGUGCAGUUUCGAUCAAGGGCCCUAGAACGGAUCCCUGUGGUCCACCCACUAUAUUUCCCUUCUGGUGGGGGGCAUAUUUUCCGGGAUGCUCGGUCGAUUCCACGCCCUGGUCGAAAAAUUGCAGACUAAAAACAUUUCGUCCCCGCACUGGGGGGUGUAUAGAAAGGGGGCGAUUGUUCUGCGUAUUGUUUCCGUCCAAGCAGCCCUCCGUUGUUGGGGGCUGCUGCAGCUCAAAUGAGAGAGCUAGCGAGUUUUUUGGGUACGGUGGGUGCGGAUCGAUCGGAGAUCGGACCUUAUUUCGGGGACUACUUCAAACAUAUCAGCUUAAAUAUUGAUGAAUUAUAAAUAUACCUGUUAUAUACGCAAUCCGACCUUUGAAUGUCGUCUUGUAACUGUGUUUUUAUCUUCGGAGUUAUGUGUGAAAUUAUAUGUUCAUUGGAAAAUUUGUGGAGAAACGUUUUUGAGCAUCACAACACUCAGCUUCGACAGUUCCACACAGCACGAAAUAUUGCCACAAUUUUACAAUAUUACAGUGGCAUGUUCAAUGUUCUAGAAAUAUUGCAGAAAAAAUGUUCUUGUGCUUUUUCAAAUGUUGCUGCAAUAUCACUAACAAUAUUAUCAUGCAAUAUUGUACAUGCAAUAUCUAAGAAAUGUUUCUCAUGAUAUUGAAUACAGGUGAGAUUUCAAAAAAGAAUGAAGGAUGAAUGUAAUACACUGAGUACACAUUGUUUUCACCAGAAUCAGAUCACGUGGUGUAUUGUAGACUCUAUGUGAGCAUUCCAGUAUUCCUUUUUUUAUCUCUUGGAGCGCACGAAAGGAAGUUCUUGGGAAUACUUUCUAAUCUCGAAUUACAAUUAAAUAGUGCAUAUUAUUUCUACAAUAUUGUUUGCAUAUAUUCUCAAAAUAUAUCUGCAACAUUCCUGAUGCCUCCAGCAUAAGCCACAAAAAAUGUAUUUUCCAUAUUACAGUCGCCAUUAAUUCAAAAUAUUGCGAAUAAAAUAAAGUGUCAAUCAAAAAAUUCCUUGAAUGUUUUCUACUUGAAUCACAAUUGAUAUGGAUGAAUAAAAAAUUUGGAAUAGAACACAAACACGAAAAGAUAUACAGGGUGAAAUAAAUUUCUGACAUUUUUAAACAUUUUUCAAUAUUUUUCCUGUCGAAACUGGGUUUGUGAGGUGUGAAUUAGUGAUGAUGUGAUAAACUUAUCAACGGUAUUAUAAACUAGCCACAAUCGCCUUCUCUGCUUUAGGUCAUAGGUUUAUAAUAAUAAACACCACUUUCUAAACAUAUCAUGAUCUGUGCCCCUUGUCAAGUGACAUCUUAAAUUUUAGCAAUUAAUAUUAUAAAAGAUUUGAUAAUAUUUAAGAUAAGAGUAUGAAUUUACAAACAUUAUUGGUAAGGAAAAUAAUCAUCUAAAAAUCAUAGUGGUGAAUAAAUUACCAAACUGAUUACCUAUAUUAACACUGUUUCACUUAGGUAUUAUAAAACCUGUUUUAAUUUAGUGAUCUUUGCCCUGGUUAAAUACUGAAUCAGUGGGAUGAGAAAUUAUGACAAAGUCAAUUUUUUUUCGAGUAUAUAUAUUGUUAUUCUUCAAGUGAUAAAUUUCAGAAUAUCAACAUUAUAAUGAAUGUUCAAAAUGAAAUUUGUAAGAUAUUCAUAAUUAUGAGUAACUCUUUUUGAUUCAACAAUGAUUUUUGUCUGCUUCUAUACACGGUGGUUUUUAAGUCCCAUCUGAUUCAGAUGCUGCAUAUUUUGGUCUCCUUCAGUGAAUGUCUGAUAGAGCAAUCAUAGUCAAUAGCUUUGCUAGGUUGAUUAAAAUUUUCAUUUGGUAGAUUAUUUACUAUUUACCAUAGAAUCGAACCGCUACCAUCAACUUUGCGUAAGUAUACGGUGGUAGUUGAAAAAAAGUGAGCAGCUGCUGAGUAGCAUUUAUAUAAACCAGCAAGACAGUAAACCGAUUGCUUAUUUGAAGCGAUAUGAUUCUUCAAAAAUCGCAAAGUUGGUGCUUAUCAACAUAUAAUGGGUGUUACUUAUAUAAACUCCAUCGCUACCUAUCUCCCUGAAACAAAAAAAAUAAGUAGGCCUUCUAUGUUAACAUAAAAAAAUUGCUCUUCUUCUUGGCGCAUUUUCCGGGAAUUGUAACAAUAUUGGAACAUGUUGAUGAACUGAUAACUAUUCUCUUUAUUUCUGAUAGGAGAAUCAGCCCAUGCGAGAUAUUUCGGUGGAGAGUUUAUAAAUGAAUAAAUAAAUAAAUAAUGAAACAUCUAUAUUUUUUCCGUUUUGUUCAAUCGUAGCAAUUUUUUAGACGUCAAAAUUUUCAGUAGUAGUACUAUAAGUACUUAUUCAUUUUACUCAUUUGAUCGUUCUGAUUGGUUUAUAAUCAUAGGAGGAAAAUAAUCAUUUAUAUUUCUUAGAAAUGUUUCAUAAUGAAAUAAUAGGCACUUAUAUUUUGAAGGGUUUCAGAUACGCUCUUGUGUUUACUGUGAAGCAAACAGGGAGGACAAAAAAAGUCCUCGUAUCUAGCCUUAGUAGUCCUGGCGACCAGGGAAUGCAUAUCUUUAUUGUAAUAAUGACAGUUAGUAGGCAUCGUAAACUUAGUUUAAUGUAAAAUGUGUUGAAAAUUUGUUGGUCUAGAAGUAUAUAAGUACAAGUGAACAACAUACUGGGUAAAUCUGGCCCCUUCUGGGGGGGUCAUUUAUAUUGUUGAUACUAGUCAGAUAAUGGAAUAAAACCCACCCCACCAUCUUGCCCCUCUAUUACAAAAAGAAGCAUUCCAUACAAAUAUUGUAUUACCUGACAACGUACUUAGUUAUUUAAAAAAAAUGUAUAGGGUCCAAAUGAUGGGAAAUAAAAU